AGGAAAACCCCAGUCUCUUCGUGGUGGGCCACCCCACCCCCCUACAGAACCAUGUCCAAGUACCUGAGGCAUUUCACCACGGUGGGUGAUGACCACACAGCCCAUUGGCACGAUGAGGGGCUGCAUGAGGCUAGAGAGGAGCUGGGACCAGCCACAGGACAGCUGCCCCACAGGGAACUCACCUUCAGAGACUCCCUGAAGAGACUCUACAGCUCCGACAGAUUCCAGGUAUGGAAUGAGUGGAGUAGGCAAUGCUCAUACUAUCUAUCCAACACAGUUAGUCAGUGUUACCUUUGCUCAAAUCAAAUGUCAACUGUGGAUGGGGAAUAUGUGUGUUUCUCAGUCUAGGCUGCAAAUGUGACAGUAAAUUAACUCCCAUUCUCUUGUUGUAUUUUGUGUUGUACUUUGUUGUCAGAAGGUUGGUCUUUACUGAUGUUGGGUGUUUCGCUCUGGUUUGGAUUGCUAUGGUGUUGGUCUUCUCUGAUGUUGAGUGUUUGCCUCUGGUUUAGAUAGCUGUGGUGUGCCUGGUCAUCCUGGAUGCCAUCUUUGUGCUGGGCGAGCUACUGAUCGACCUAUCAAUAAUCAAGUUGGCGCAUGGGCACAUUGCCCCUCAGGUGAGAUAUGGCCAAGUCUAGUCUGUCGAGAUCACACUUUAUAUGCGUCCCAAAUGGCACCCUAUUCCUUAGUCCACUACUUUUUAACUGAGCCCUAUAGUGCACUAUAUAGGGAAUAGGUUGCCAUUUGGCACACAGAUCAAGAAAUGCGUGACCCAAACCUUCUUACAACAACUCUGUCCUCUGUCCUUUCCCUCUUCACCAGGUCUUCCACUACCUGAGUCUGGCUCUUCUCACCUUCUUUAUGGUGGAGCUGGCUGGAAAGCUCUUUGCCUACCGGCUGGAGUUCUUCCAUCACAAGUUUGAGGUGUUUGACGGGCUGGUGGUGAUUGUGUCCUUCAUCCUGGACAUUGUGUAUAUCGCCAGUGAAGAUGCCUUUGACGGCAUGGGCCUCCUGAUCCUCCUCAGGCUCUGGAGGGUGGCCAGGAUAGUCAACGGUGAGAGAUUCCCCACUGUGGUAGUGUUCAUUAGGCACUCCCUGGACAUGUCCAAUAACAAACACAGAUUUUAAGUUUUCCAUUGUGAAACAUUUUAAAGCUUGCCCUAAUGGUCCCGUGUAGCUCAGUUGGUAGAGCACGGCGUUUGCAACGCCAGGGUUGUGGGUUUGAUUCCCUCGGGGGGCCAGUAUGAAAAAAAAAAAAAAAAACAUGUAUGCACUAAGUCGCUCUGGAUAAGAGCGUCUGCUAAAUGACUAAAAUGUAAAUGUAAUGAACACAACCUUUGUCACAUACAGUAGCUAGCUAGGUCACCAAUGUCACAAAAUGCGUUUGUGUCCAACAUGGCAUGUUUUCUUCCACCACCCAGGAAUCCUGGUGUCUGUGAAGACACGGGCCGAUCAAAAAGUUCACAAGCUGAAGGAGAGCAACGAUCAUCUGGUCCAGCAAGUUAACGACCUACAAGAGCACAAUGGCAAGAUGGUGAGUUGGGCAGCCCAAGACAAGUUAAGGCAUUUAUAUUAUACAUCUUAUCAAGAGCAUCAGUCAACAAACCCUGUUUUAACCCACCCUUCAAUCCCCCCCCCCCCCCCCCCUUUUAGGAACAAGAGAACAAUAAACUACGAGCUCUCCUCCGACAGCAUGCCAUUGAGUUCUGAUUCAGGAAGAGGAACAUGAUGCCGUUUUCAUUAUCCUCUUAUAGUGUCAUUGGAAUUGUUCAAUAAACAAGUAAGGGUAUAUUCUAAAAAGUGUUCACCAUCCAUACACCAUUUGUGUGAGUAAUUCCACCAUGACAGGAGCUUACACUGAUAGAUACUAGCCUGGUCCUAGAUCCGUUUGUACUCUUGCCAACUCAAUUGUUGUCAUUGUCAAGCCAAACCUUUGGCAUGACAAUGAGUGAAAAGAAGUUGGUAUGAAAGCACAAACACACUAGCGCUCAGGCUAGAUAGAUUCCACAUCAUGAGCCAAUGUUAGGUCAACCUUCCAACCAUUAUCUGCAUAUUUAAUUGAUUAGUAGGAUUCAUAUCAUAUGCCAGUUUCCUGCUUUGUAAUAAAC